AUGGACCCACAAAUCGAGGAAUCAAGUAAUUUCAAUUUAUACUCGAAUACCAGGGACUACGAAGCAAAUGGUCCCACUGUCAAAUUCCUCACUUUUAACACAUGGGGGCUCAAAUACGUCUCCAAACAUCGUAAACAACGUCUAAGAGCCAUUGCAGAUCAAAUUGCACAAGCUUCUCGAGCCACUCCCCUACCAGGGAACACCCUCGUUCAAGAAGAGUACGAUAUCAUUGCAUUGCAAGAAGUUUGGGUUAAAGAAGAUUGGGAUUACAUCGUAGCCCGUUGCGGUCACCUGUUCCCCUACCAUCGAAUCUUUUACUCAGGGAUCCUCACAGGUCCUGGCCUUGUCAUCCUCUCGAAGAUCCCCAUUGAAUCCACCUCAUUGUACAGAUUCCCCAUCAAUGGUCGCCCCAGUGCUGUGUUCCGGGGAGAUUGGUACGUGGGGAAAUCUAUCGCUGUGACAGAAUUGAAACCCAUCAAUAAGGAUACGUGUCCUAUGGUUAUCAUGAACAGUCAUAUGCAUGCUCCAUAUGCAUUGUCGGGGGAUGCCGCUUACGAAUGUCAUAGGUCUUGUCAGGCAUGGGAUUUCAGUAAAUUGGCUAAAUUGUAUAGGAAGGCCGGUUAUGCAGUUGUCAUUGUGGGUGAUUUGAAUUCAAGACCUGGAUCCUUGCCACAUAAAUUUUUGACAAUGGAGACUGGGUUGGUAGACUCAUGGGAGCAGUUGUUUGGUAGACAGGAUUUGACCAAAUUGGCUAUGAUGGACCCGGUGGAACAAUUGAAUUAUGGGUGCACUACAUGUGAUUCCAAUUUAAAUACAUGGAGAGCUUACUUGGGGACUGAGAAGGCAUGUAGAUUAGAUUAUGCGUUGAUUGAUCCGGACAGAUUGCAAACUGUGGAUGCAGGGGUUAGAUUCACUGAAAGAAUUGCCAACGUUGGCAGUUUUUCAGACCAUUUUGCCUAUUCAUGCACUUUGAAGUUGUUACCCAAGAGACACACAGUUGACCACAUGGCUACUGAACUAUCUCAUUCUCAAUUGGUGGAGAAAUAUAAGACGUAUAAAGAAAUGAUUUUAUGUAUUGAGAAUUACAUGCCUACAGCUCAAAAGCAGAAAUAUUACCGAGGAUUACAUUUCAUAAUCUCAAUUAUUGUUCUGAUCGGUUGUGUUGUGGCCACUACUUUUACUGCGGAGGUAAGUGCAUGGUCAUCUAUCUUUUGGGUACUAUUUGCCAUUGUCGUGGCAGUAACUGGAACUAUUGAUGGAAUCAUCUCUUUCCUUUUUGGAAGGAAGGAAAUUAGAGCCUUGAUGGAAGUACAACACGAAGUAUUGGAUGCAGAACGUAACGUGCAGAAUAUACUACAGAGGGAAUUCAGGGAGUGA